UUUCUAAGCACUUUUUCGGUGGUUCCCUUCCACUACAUAUUGGGCAAUCGGUAGUUACCAAAAGUAGGAACCAGAAACCGCGCUAUCACAUUGAAAAGAAAAGUUCAUCAAAACAAAAACAAACUGGAUUGGUGACCAUUGUGAGAUUCGUCAGUCUAAUACAUGGAGGAGAGGGUGCUGUAUGAUCGGAAAAUGAGCAAACGCAAGAGUGAUGGGGAAGUGGAGGCAGGACAGAAGGCCCGCAAGAAAGCCCGAUCAGUGGCUCAGGAUGAAAUCCCACAAGGCUCCGAAGAUGAAACCCAGUCGAUGUCAAGACAGGAAGCCCCAUCACAGUCAGUGGGUGAACACCGAUCACGGAAUCGAAGUAGAGCCCGCUCAGUGUCACAAGAAGAGGCCGAGGUUGACGACAGCGUUAUGGACCUUAGUCAGAACCCAGGCUUUAAAGUAAAGGGAGAUGAGAUGGCCCAAGGCGGGAUCAUUGAGAAGAUACACAUGCGUAACUUCAUGUGCCACCCGAAACUCACUAUCACAUUCGGGCCAAACAUCAACUUCAUUGUGGGCAGAAAUGGGAGUGGGAAGAGUGCCGUGGUUAAUGCCCUCGUUGUGGGGCUAGGAGGGAAGGCUUCAUCCACCAAUCGUGGCAGCAAAAUGAAGGGAUUCAUCCUCACUGGAAAACAGACGGCAGAAGUUGAGAUCAAGUUGAGGAACCAGGGUCCGGAUGCCUUCCAGCCCGACCUGUACGGCCCUUCUGUGAUUGUUAACCGGAAAUUCAAUAAUAGCGGAUCAUCCGAGUACAAACUCAAGUCCAGUGAUGGCCGAGUGAUCUCUACGAAGAAGGAGGAGCUAUCUCGCUUGCUAGAUCAGUUCAACAUCCAGGUUGAAAACCCCCUUGCCAUCCUCAACCAGGAGACAAGCAAAAGCUUCCUCAACUCCAAGAGCCCUAAUGAUAAAUAUAAGUUUUUUCUGAAGGCGACUCAACUAGAACAGAUAAAAGAGGACUAUGACCGUGCUAACGAUCAUAAAAAUAUAACAACGGAAAUCAUUAAUCAAAAAGUAGAGCAAAUGCCCAAGCUUGAGAAAGAAGUUUUGACCUGGGAGCGGAAAUUUAAAUCUCUGACAGCCAUUGAUGACCUCAAGGUCAAGAUCAAGAGGUUAAACCACGAGCUAGCAUGGUCCCUCGUACAAGAGAAGGAAAAGGGUAUGGAGCCUCUUGCCCGGGACAGAAGACAUGAGGAAGCACGGCUGCCCAGCUUCAAACAGAAAGUAGAAGAGGCCAAGCAUCAGCUAGAUGAUGUAAAUGCCAGAAUGAGUGCCAUGACAGCACGUUUGUCUAAAGGCGGGGAGGAAGUGAAGGCUCUGCAGCCGAAACUGCAGGAGGCUAAAAACUCCUACAAUGAACAGAAGAAGGUUUCACGCAACUGCAUGAUGGAGCUGAAGAGACUAGAGGGAGCAGUGAAGAAUAGCAAGAAGGAGAAACAUGAGAUCAUGAAGAGAAUACUUGAAAUACAGUCCAGUGCUAAUCAUGACUAUGAGGCUGAGCGGCAGGCCCGUCAGGACAAGAUUGCAGCCUUACAGGAGCGGCUUAACUCCCUCAACGCCCAGGAACAGACGACAGAUCACAUGCUGGACCAGUACCGAGGAGCCGUUGCCAAGUACAAGUCCGAUCAGUACAAACUCAACCAAGACAUGCAGGACCUCCAGCGCCAGAUGGACAAGAAACAGGGUAACCUAACCUCUCUGAAGGCUGCCCAGGGAAACCAGCUGAAACGGUUCGGUCCUUUCAUUCCCGACCUUGUUACCAACAUAGAGCAGUGCUUUCGACAUGGGCGCUUCCACAAGAAACCCAUUGGACCACUUGGUUCCUGUUUCACGUUAAAAGAACAGCGAUGGGCUUUAGCUGUUGAGUGCUGCCUGAAGGGUCUCAUGAACUCUUGGGUUUGUCAUGACUACCAUGAUGAGAAAAUUCUAGAACAGAUUGUGAAGGACGUCUGCCCACAGUACAAGAUCUCCAUCAUUGUGUCGAGGUUCAAGAAUGAUAUGUAUGACACAUCGGCAAAGGGAGCAGACAACAGCCAGUUUCCAUCAGUGUUGGAUAUGGUACAAUCUGAUGAUCCUAUGGUUUACAAUACCAUGAUUGAUAUGAGAACGAUAGAAUGUGUCCUGCUAAUAGAGGAUGGUAAAACUGCCCGACAGGUGAUGGAUCCCAGUAAAAGACCACCCAGGAAUGCCAGAGAGGCAUUUACCAAGCAAGGGGACCAGGUGUACUGCGCACCCACGUUCCGCUACUACUCCAGUAGCCAGGACAAGGCAAGGUUACUCACAUCAAAUGUCGAGGAGGACAUUGCCUCUCUCACAUUGGAGAUAGCAGGUAUGCGGCAGAAGAUCGAACAACUACGUCAGACAAGGACACAGUUUGACACAGACAUACAGGAGAACACAAACCUGGACAGAAAGACGUCCACACAGCUCAUGAAGAUACGGGAAGCCCAAAGAAAAGUCACCAUGGAAAUCACAGAAUUGAAGAACAUAGAAGACCCAGCUCCUGUGGAUGUGGCCACUUAUGAGGAGGAGGUGGACAUACUUGACAAACAGAUUCAGGACAAUGAGGCCCAGUUAGCAAAUAAGACAAUCUUGUAUAGGGAACAGGAGGCCCAGCUUAAAGAUCUGGAGAAAGUUUUCAAACAGAUUGAACAGAGCAUGAAGGAAAAGAUUGGAAUUGCCGAUGUCAUCAAGGAUGAGGUUGGCACCAUUCUCAGUGAGGUGGAGACGUGCAAAGUGAACAAGAAACACUAUGAUACCAAACUCAAGGAGCUGGAACGUAGGAUUAAAGACAUCAAUGACCGCAUGGACAAAUACCAGGCAGAUAUUGAGGCAGACAUUGAAAAAGCCAAAGAAAUACAUGAAGAGAGGAUCAACACUCGACGAUCCUCCAACAACAUUGGCAAUGAGAUAGCGCAAAUAGAGAAACAGAUCAAAAAUGAGGAAAAACAGCGUGGAGAUCCAGUGGAGAUAACUCGGCAGUACAAGGAGAAGAAGGAUGCCUUCAUGAAGAUACGGAAAGAGGUUCACCAGCUCAAAACAUUCUGUGAGGAAUUGGAUAACGCCGUACACUGGAGAUACAAAAGCUAUGUGGAAUUACGAAAACGGAUAAGCGGCAGGUGCAGAUUAUGGGUGGCGGCUUUUCUCAACAGCAGGAUGUACAGUGGCCGACUGAUAAUAAGUCAUGCAGAAAAAACUGUAGAAUUGAUUGUUCAGCCUAGCAAGAGUGCGAGUGGAGAGAGCACAAAAGAUUUGCGUUCGUUGUCGGGAGGUGAACGAUCCUUCUCAACUAUCUGUUUUAUCCUCGCGCUUUGGGGUGCCAUGGACUCGCCAUUCAGAUGUCUUGAUGAGUUUGAUGUCUUCAUGGACAUGGUGAACCGUAGAAUCGCCAUGGAGAUGUUGAUGGGUACAGCCAAAGAGCAACAGGAGAGGCAGUUUAUCUUCCUCUCACCACUCAAGAUGUGUCACCUGGGAAUUAGCACCCAGAACAUGCGGAUAUUUGAGAUGCCGACACCAGAGAGAGGACAGCAGACUUUGGAUGACUGAGCAGCCUAUGUACUAGUGUUUGAAAAUGUGUCAUACCUGACUGGUAUGAACUGUGCCACCUGACUGGUUUAGACUGUGCCAGCCAUGGACAAUGUGCUUUUGCUGUUUAUUGUGUUCAUAAUAUCUCGUGUGUUCAGCGUUGACAUUGUUAAUUAUUUAAAUUUCAACUAUCUUUUCUUCUCCAUUUUACAUGAUUUCAUCAGCAAUUUUAUGUUUUUAUUUUGUUUUAUCACUGAUGUUUUAUUAUUUGUCUGUACUCUUUUGUUGUUAUAAGGAGGAGUCACGGUUUAUAUGGAACAAUUGUUUGUUCAGUAUACAUUGUCAUGUACACAUCUUUAGUGCUCAUGGAUGGUUUUGCUUAAUUAAUUUUCAUUUGGUAUAUUCAUUUCAAGCAGUGCUAUUUUAAGUAUUCUUACAACACAGACAUAAAACAUUUAUAUAAUGAACUUCUUCCAUUGCUUUAAAUUUUGAAAUGUAGUAGGUAUGGAAUAUACAAACUCUAAAUUUUUAAAAAGGACUACAUUUUAUUAUUAUGAAUAUACUUCUAAAUUUAUAUAUGUUUUGCUCGUAAAAAUAUAUGGGUAUUUAAAAAAAUAUUAUAAAAAGUAAAAAGGAAUAAAAAUCUGGCUAUAAUUUAUCAUCUCCUUAUUAAGCAGUUGAACAUUUAAAAGAUAUGUCUUUAAGCUGAGAGCAAAAACAUGCUGAUAUUUUGUGUUAGAUUGAUCCAAUUUGUCAAGUCAUUUCCGUAGAUAAGUGUUUGGUUACACAGUACAGUAUUUGCAUUAUUGUUUGCAGUAGAAUUCCAUUGAUGAUUUUUACACAGAGUAUGUGCUGGCAUUCCAUUCUGAUGUAUGACACUAUGUCCAUCAGGGGUUCUAAACUUCAGGAGUAAUCCUGAAAUCAGGAUUGACAGCUUUUAACUUCAGCCUAUUGUUCAGUUGUAAAUAUCAUGUUUUUUUACAGACAUUUGCAUCAAAUUCAGUAGGAAGUACCUUAAAGUUAAUAUAAAUGACUUAGGAAACAAUUCCACAAGGGGUCCAAGCCUCUUUACCAAGCUUUGGGCUUAAAUCCCUCCUACUCAAACAGCCCUCGGCCAUAUUUCAGGAAUAACAAAUAUUAGCUGUUAGAACCCCUUGGCUUUUUAUUACAAAAUGACAGGAAUUCUUAUUUGUUGAAGUUUUAUUGUUUUAGCUUUAGUCUUAAUUUUUACUGGUACUGAAAGCAAUAUGUACAGUAUAUUGUUUGUCUUUUUGACUGGCAAUUUCAAGAACAUGUACAUUUAAAAUGAAUAAAUGUAAAUUUGUUAUAUUUGCAAUCAUGGUAAAGGGACUCACUCAUGUUUUGGCACAAUAGUUUUCCGGGGUAAUGCAUCUGAAAAUACAUCUAUUAUAAUUGUUUGCUCUGGUUUUAAUUAAGAGUGAACCAACACUGGUAUAGUCAAGAAUAAUUAGAAAACUGAUGGCUCAGCCAUAGGGACUCGUGCAUUUUUUUUUAAUGUUUUAACAUUUCUUAAAUACCUUGAAAGCAUUACAUGAUAAUGUCAAUCAACCUAUCACGCUACAGCCUUUUACUGACUUCAAAGACAAUAUUUGAGCAUAAAUCAACAAUUGUUGAAUAGUUGAAGCUGCCAUUAUUUUAGUUUUACAAACUAUGAGCAAGUCCCUUUAAUGUAUAUUUGAAUUGUAUAACUGUAAUGUAGAUCAUACAUGCAUUUGAUAAAUUGGACCUGUACAAGGAAGGAAACAUGUUCUUUAAGUAAGUCCAAGUUCAUACAUGUCAAGCUACACCAAAGUCAUAUUUUGUUUGUCUGAUUUGGUUAUUUUCUGCACCCAUAUUUCAGAAAAUGCUGAAAAUGGGUUCAACUUUUGUUAAAUGUUAACAACUAUUUUCACUGAAUCAUGAAUAAAAAUAGUUUACAAAUGUUGUAUGUGUCAGAUGGUUUUCAGAAAACUCCGAGAGAUAGUUUGUAGUACAUUAUGGUGGUAUUCCUUUAAAAUUAUAUUUACAGUGGAGAAUAAAGUUAUAACUUU